AUGUCUAAUUGGCCAGAGAAAUUCAAAGACUUCGAAAUUCUAACAGAUUGGGAAAAAUACAAGAAUUCCGAUAAACCAAAAUUAAAAUUGAAUGAGUAUCGCCUUGUGAAAAUCAAUUUCACUAUCUAUUUAGAAGCGAAAACUCAAAAAUCUGAAAUCACAUUUCUGCUUGAUAAGGAGAAUUUUCAUCUUUUAAAAAACUAUACUUGGUGUUGUGAUAAAAGAAAAAAUGCAAAUACUUAUUAUAUUGAAACAGUUAAUAAAAGAAAAAAAAUAAAACUCCAUCGAUUAAUUCAUCCUAAAUGGAAAAUGAUUGACCAUGUAAACCGGUGUGGACUUGAUAAUAGAAAAUGUAAUCUUAGAGAAACCACAUAUAGAGAAAAUAAUUUAAAUCGCAAAUUAUUUAAAAAUAAUACCUCAGGUUAUAAUGGAAUUUGUUUUGAAAAAUCGAGGAAUAGUUGGAGAUUUGAUUAUUAUGAAGAUAAUAAUAAACAUAAAAUUAAAAGAUUUUAUAUUAAUGAUGAAAGAAAUUUUGAACAAACAAAACAACAAUGUAUUGAUUUUAAAUUAACUCAUGAUAAAAUUACAAGAAACAUGAACGGAAAAGAA